UCGUGAAUUGCCUAUAAAAACACUGAUGCAGUUUCGAUGUAAUGCAGUCUACGUUUAAACUUCUCAGCAUUUGAUACUUUCUUGGGCGCAUUAAUAGCAUCAAGAAUGAAAACUUUUAUGAUUGUUGUGGGUAUAUUGGCAAUCACGGCGGUGGUUUACGGUUUCGAUCCCAAACGGUUACAAAAGUUUAGAAAUAACUUUGAGAACUGCACGACAAAAUAUCAACACUUAUCAACAACGGAUAAUCCCACUGUCCCAGUGCUCAAUUGCAUGUUGAUUGAAGAUGGCCGGAUUUUUGACGCAAACGGCGAAUUUAUGAAGGAAGAAGUUUUGAAGGCGAUUGAGGACGUUAUCCCUGACGCAAACAAAAUGGGACAAGCGCUGACGAUGUACAACAACUGCUACGAUAGAGUAAUACGAGAAGGAGGAACUGACGAAAAGCAGAAGAUGAAAAUUAUCACGUGUAUUGUGCUAGUUAUGCCUUUUAUCGAAACUGAUGCCUCUGACAUAGAACAUACAAUACCAUAAAAAGUAUAGCAUUCUUUUUCAUACUAUACAAAUAUACUAGUUUUUCUAUAUUAUGAAAAAUAUUAUUUUUAUAUUUAAUAUUUUAGAAUUCUCUAUGUUUUGGGAUUCUCUAUGUAUUUUUAUCUAUUCUUCUUCUAAUCUAUUUAAACUAUGGUUGAACUAUGUUGGAUUUUAUUCGUAAUAACAUGAUUCAAUAAAAUAUUUAAUGAAA